AUGCUUUAGACAGAAACAAAAUCAUCACUAUAUGCAUCGAAAUUAAUCUAACAAACAAAUUAUUCUGCUUUAUCAUCUUUACCAAAAACUUAUAUAAGAUAAGUUUAAGCUGAAGGUAUUCUUUGAUGAAGAAUAUUUUAGGUGAUAUAUUUAUGGCAGCUCCUUAAAAAUGUGCUAAUAUUUGGAAAGAGUUUAGAAGAAAUGACUUUACAUAAGUUUAAAUAUCUUAUAAAACAGCACUUUAAGUUUUUGAUGCUUGCAAAGAUGAUAUUUAAUCAAUGCUAAAAAUUAAUAGUGGAAAAGAUUUUUUUGAUUUAUUUGAUUAAGAUAAUGAUGGGUAACACUAUAGAUGAUCUUAUAGAUAUUUAAAUGAAGAUGAAUAAAUUCUAGUUUUUAGUAUAAUCAAAGAAAAAAUGUAAUAAGUUGCAAAUUUAUUAUUAUAAAUUUAAUAAUAUGUUCCAUUCAAAUAAUUGAUGAAAUCUAUAAGAACUUUAGAACAAAAUAUUUGUGAAUAUUAAGAUGUAUUAAGAUAAAAAAUUUAUAAAUCAGAAAUUGCUACAUAUAAAGAAAUAGGUUUAGAAAAAUUGGAUGAUUUUUAUGAAAAAUAUUACAAUAAUUUUCAAAAUUUUGAAUAACAAAAAUAAUUGAGACUGUAAAUAUGAAAUAUUUUAUAUUAGUUAAACACAAAUAAUAUAAUAAUAAGAAGAAAUGAAUUAAUUGGAAGAAAAACUAUCAAAAAAUACAGAAUUUCUUAAAGUGAAGCCUAAAAGAAAAUUGAAAGAUUUGCAAACAUAAGAAAAAUUAGUUUCUUUAGAUGAAAGAGUAGAAGAAGCCAUGGAUUUUAGAAGAGAAUUAAAAAACAUGGAAAAAUAAGAGUAAGAAAGGGUUGCUUCUGAAUAAUAAAAACGUAUAGAACGUUAAAAAGAGGAAUUAGAACGAAAACAUUAAAAAUAAAAUGAUUAACUUAAAGCUAAAUUAAGUGAACAGGAACAUAAAUUAAUAAUUUAGCUAAAAAAAGAAUAUAAUGUACUUUUAAAACAAAUUGGAUUACAUAGUAAUGAGAUUGAAAGAAUAUAAUCAUCUGCUAUGUAAAGUGCAAUUCGUAAAGGAGAUAAAGAGGGAGAAUUAAAAAGAAUGAAAGAAAGAACAAGGAUUUAAAAUUUUAUAAUAGGAGAAGCUAAAAGUAUUUUGACAAGUCCUCGAGUAUAAUAAUAAACUGCAACAACUUAUGAAGAAACUUCUAGUUCAUCACCUAGAUAAACUUUAACAGCAUCAAAAAAUGAAAGAGCAACACAUGAUAUAAAAAUUCUUAUUCAUAAAUAGAAUUAUACUCAAUUUUACAUUAAAAAGAAGUAUGGGGCUGUAAUUAAUAAUCUUAUAUAUAUAGGAUUUACCUGUUAAUUAUUAACCAGAGCCUUAUAAAGUAUAAGGGGAUAAUCAUGAACGAAUUGAAAAAAUUCUCUCAGUAAAGAAGAAAAAUCCUCAUGAUAUUUUACCUUCUCUUACAGAAUUGUAUGACAAUGAUAUGAAAGAAUAAGUAUUUUAUAAUCAUAUAAAAGAAUUUUGGAAAUACUUAAAAAUCAGAAUAAGAAUUAAUUAAGGAAAGAUUGAAAAAAAAAUAGUAUAUAUUAGAAAAAUUAGAAGAGUCAACUCGAUGA